AUGAUCAAAGCCAAUGACACUGAUAUUCUUGUUAUAGCAUUGAGCAUCUUCCCAUCCCUCCAGGAUCUUGGUCUCCAGCAGCUGUGGGUUGCAUUUGGGCAUGCCUUUCGCAACAGAGGCAAAAAGACGGCCUGGCAAACCUGGGACAUUUUCCCUGAGGCCUCUCUCAUCUUCAGCAAACUAAGUCAAUACUCUCCUGUUGUGACUGAUAGUGACCUGGAGAUCCUUGAGAAGUUUGUGGUCCUGCUGUAUAAUCGAUCAAGCACAGCUGUUAGUGUAGAUGAGCAUAUAAAAGAAAGUGGCCUUUCAACCAUCUCUGACAGAUUGAUAACAUUUAACAGUGCAGAUCAGAAACUCCAAAGACUCCGAGACUCUGAGACCAACGUGCUCUCGUUCCUCUUCUUGUUUGGUCUGACUCUGGGGGCUGUGUCUCCUUCAGACCGCUAUCCGGUGAAUCUUCUGCGUGGCAGCUGUCCCAUGUUCUGGUACAGUUUCAACGGCCGCUGCUACAAGUAUGUCGCUUCACAUUUGACCUGGGCUGAUGCAGAGCUCCACUGUGUGUCACAGCGAGGCAACCUGGUGUCCAUCCACAGUCAGGAAGAACAUAAUUUCGUCAAAUCCUUGAUUAAGAAUUUUGACCAUACUCAGAGAUGGACCUGGAUUGGACUCAGCGACACCCAGAAAGAAGGUAGUUGGAUGUGGUCUGAUGGUAGCAGAGUGGACUAUGUCUAUUGGGAUAGAGGACAGCCAGAUAACGCCAAAAGACUUGAACACUGUGUUCACAACAACUAUGAUAAAGAUUUGAAAUGGAAUGACAUCCCAUGUUCUCUUACUUUUCCCUCUGUUUGUGCAUCUCGUAUUACCUGUCCUUAG